UUUCUCGAAUCUCUCAGACGCCGGACGACGCGUUGGUCCGCCACAGAAGAAACACUGAGGCACUCCUCAACGGGCAAGCCCACCUUCCACCUGCCCCCGCAUCGCCACAUCUCCUCGUUUUCUUCCUCCCGAACGCUUCUUUUCCCUCAACCAGGCCGUGUGAUAAAACAGGUGAUUCGAACAUACGGAGCUCGUGACAGUCCCUCAAGCGAAAACACAUCCAACAAACGCGCCCACACCGACUCCGACGCCAUGGGCAGAGACUACUAUUCCAUCCUCGGUGUGGCAAAAGACGCCGACGAGGACGCCAUCAAGAAAGCAUACCGGAAAGCCGCGCUAAAGUGGCAUCCAGACCGUAACCCAGACAACAAGGAGCUAGCCGACAAGAAGUUCAAGGAACUCUCCGAAGCCUAUGAAGUCCUAUCCGACAAACAAAAACGAACCAUCUACGACCAGUUCGGGGAAGAUGGAUUGAAGGGCGCUGCAGGAGCCGGUGGUGCAGGGCCAGGUGGUUUCCCAGGAGCCGGCGGUGCCGGCGGAUUCCCCGGCGGCUUCCCUGGCUUCCCUGGCUUCACGUCAGGAGGAGGUGGUCCAGGUGGUGCGCGCACAUUCAGCUUCAACAUGGGCGGACCAGGCGGCGGUGGUGCUGGAUUCCGACCGUUCCAGCCGUCCAACGCUGAAGACAUCUUCCGUCAGUUCUUUGGAGGCGCCAGCCCGUUCGGCGGUAUGGGCGGCGGAAUGGGAUCGGAUUUCGAUGACGAUGAGGGUGGAAUGGGCGGAGGAAUGGGUGGCAUUCCUGCCGGUUUCUUCUCUCGCGGGGCUGGAGGACCAGGUACCGGCGCACGCGGUGGACCAGGUCGCGCAGGCGCUCAAACUCCCUCCGCCAGCUCCUCCGUUCAACGUCAACUCCCUGUCUCACUGGAGGACCUAAGCGCAGGUGCCACCAAGAAGCUAAAAGUCACCCGCAAGAAUCUCGACGGCACAUCAUCGGAAAAGGUCCUCGCGGUGCAAAUCAAACCGGGAUGGAAAGCAGGGACAAAGAUCAAGUUCGCAAAAGAAGGCGACGAACUACCCCCCCAAGGCAGCGGAAACGCCCAAGACAUCGAAUUCGUCAUCGAAGAGAAACCCCACCCGAAUCUCAAACGCGACGGCGACCAUCUCCGCACAGACCUCACAAUCGACCUCGUCGAAGCCCUCACCGGAUUCAAGAAGCAAGUACCCGUCCUCAACGGCCGCACCGUCGAGGUAUCCGGCGCGCAAGGUCCCGUACCCGCGAAACCGGGAGAGGAGAUCGUCGUUAGAGGGGAAGGCAUGCCCAUCUCGAAGCAGCCGGGCAAGAAGGGGGAUCUGAUCGUCAAGCUGAAUGUCAGGUUCCCGCCGACGAUCUCGCAGGCGCAGAAGGAAGGCGUCAAGAAGCUUUUCGCGUGAGUAGAUUACGUAGAGAUACCAACCGCUUUCAACGCGACAUCACCGACUGCCCUUUUCCCCUUCUGUCACUCUUCGGGACAGCACCCACCCGUUUCCUGAUUCAAAACGCAACACGCCGGAGGACAUACCACCUCCCCUACCUCGGCGUCCACCACCAUCUUCCACCGUGCCUCCUCAAGGCUGCCCGCUCCCUCAACAAUCACGACCUCCCUUCACGUGCGCAUCACCGCCACUACCGCCACGCCCUCGCCGUCGUUGGUGGAAGCUCUGACCGCUCUCACCGCGGAAACCGGUGUACGUCAGAUUCUCUCGGCCUUGUAGGCAUAUUGUAUAUUUUCCUCCGCAUUUUGGCUUUGUAUUCCAUUGUUGCUUUUGCCCUUUUUCAAAAUACCUUCGUCAAAUAAUACACGAUCUUUGGCUUAUGUCGCGCAAAUGUUCUUUCUUGC